GGACCAUUGAAGGCAGCAUGCUCCCCCUGGCCUGGCCCACUCACGGUACCAUAGCACUGGAGGAAUACGGAAUGCAGUACCGUAAAGGACUGGACUGGGCCCUGAAAGGAAUUUCCCUCAGCAUUCAGGAGAAAGAGAAGGUUGGGAUAGUGGGCAGGACUGGAGCAGGGAAGUCGUCCCUGGCAUUGGGAAUAUUCCGGAUUCUGGAAGCAGCGAAGGGAGAGAUCUAUAUAGACGGGAUAAACAUCGCUCAGAUCGGACUGCACGAGCUACGCUCCAGGAUCACCAUCAUACCACAGGACCCAGUGCUGUUCUCUGGGUCUCUGAGGAUGAAUCUGGACCCCUUCGAUGGCUACUCUGAUGAGGAGGUGUGGAGAGCCCUGGAGCUCUCCCAUCUCAAGAGCUUUGUGUCGGGCCUGCCGGACAMACUCAACCACGAGUGUUCAGAGGGGGGAGAGAACCUCAGACCCCCUCCUGUCCUCACCUUCUUCUGA